AUGAUGGCUCGGCUCUCCGGUCUACAAAGGGACGUCCUAUCUCUCUAUCGAAAAUGUCUGCGGGAAGUGCGCAAUAAGCCCGUGGACGCAAGAUCCAAUUUCAAAAACUACGCCCGAUCAGAAUUCCAAAAGCAUCGCUCGGUGAACAAAAAAGACUUUAGCACCGUUGAGUAUCUCCUGCGCAAAGGCCAGCGACAGCUCGAGAUGUAUGCGUCCCCGGGGAUCCGCAACAUCCGAUGA